UAAAGCGAAUCUAUUGUAGGUAUGAACCUGUUCGAGUAUUCAAAAUAAAUAUAAACUAUCAAUCUGAGUCUCAUUGUAAGUUCUUUAAUAAAAAAAUACAAAUCAAUGUAAUGGUUUCAAAUGUCACUGAGUUUGGCUGCGUUGUAAGCUCAGCCCCCAGACCGUGCGUGUGUGUAUGUGUAUGUGUGUGUGUAUAUGUGUGUGUGUGUGUGUGUAUGUGUGUGUGUGUGUAUAUGUGUGUGUGUGUGUGUGUGUGUGUAUGUGUGUGUGUGUGUGUGUGUGUUGCAGGCAGUGCUCCAAAAAGGGGCGGUCGCUCCGAACCGCCAUUGAAGAAAUAGAGAGCCCUUUACCUAACUCUUUCCCUAACCUUUACCCUGAGUGGAAGUGACGCCCCCUUUUGGAGCGGGUGCAACCCUCUUUUGGAGUAACUCCGCCUUCUUUUAGAGAUUCCGCCCCCAUUUGAAGGUCUCCGGCCUGCAGCUAUACCUACUUGGGUUUAAAGCACUCUCAAAUGACUCGCGCUUUCUGGAGCUGACUGAAGCCUGAGCUGCGCGGCACCAUGGCAACGGAGCGGCCCGCCAAACUGCGCGUCUUCUCUCUCAACUGCUGGGGAAUUCGAUUCCUCAGUCAAUGUUGUGCACAGCGGUACGAGAUGAUAGCAGAACUGCUGGACAGAGAACAGCAUGAUGUCGCCCUGCUACAAGAAGUAUGGAGUGAAAAAGAUUUCCUUUUCCUGAAGAAUAAACUUUCCUCCUCUCAUCCUCACACUCACUAUUUCAAGAGUGGAGUUAUUGGCAGUGGGCUUGCUGUGUUCUCCAAACACAGAAUCCAAGAUGCACUGCUCUACCAGUACUCUCUCAAUGGCUACCCAUAUAUGCUGUGCCAUGGUGACUGGUUUGGAGGUAAAGCAGUGGGAUUGGUCAUUGUAGACAUGUUCGGGUUGAAGGCACACGUCUAUGUUACUCAUUUACAUGCCGAGUACUCCAGGGCGCGAGAUGAAUACCUGCCUCACAGAAUUGUGCAGUCGUGGGAACUACUGCAAUUUGUGCGCCAUACAUCCUGUGGAGCAGGCAUGGUGAUUCUGGGAGGGGAUUUAAACAUGCACCCUCAGGACCUUGGGAACCGUCUCAUAAGAGCUCACACUGGACUCAGAGACUGCUAUACUGAAGCAGCCACAUUUGAUGGGUGUGAAGAUGGCCACACUCUUAUAGCAGACAAUCACUUUACAAAGAAGCAAGAUCUUGUUCCAUUUGAGAAAGGCAUCAGGAUUGACUACAUUCUCAUGAAGGGCUCUAAGAGAGUGAACGUGAAAUGUGAGUCUCUGUCCACCACUAAGGGUUCAGUGGCUGAUAAACCCUUUCCAUAUUCGGACCAUGAGUCCCUGACUGCUGAACUGGCCCUGAUACAGUCAGAGGACAACAGACAGCAUGGAGUGAGGAACACAGAGUGCUCAGAUACUGUAGUCCCUGUAUCAGAGCAGAUGGACGUAGUCUCAGAGGCUCGAGCAGUGAUAAAGGAAGGCCUGUGUCAAACAGAGGUCCUGCAGGCCAAAGCCAUGUGUCUGAUAGGCGGAGGUCUGCUGCUACUGCUGUUGCUGCUGGCUAUGGCCUUCCUUCCCUGUUUGUGCUCUGGAGGCCACUUCUCCUUCACCACUGUGGGCUUUCUGGGAGCUGUGUGCAUGAUCGUCUUGCUCUCCGGAGCUCUUCUCUACCUUUUCUUUGCCACACACAUCAAAGUCCUGAAAGAGACUGAGGACCAGAUGAAACUGACCUCAAAUUACCUCCAGACUAAACUGUCAUGGCAUAGUGUGUCAGAGUCUUCAUCCUCUGAUGGUUCUCUAGAACACCAGCCCUUUAAACGGGAAGAGUGAGUUUGUUCAGAUAGAGGUUGACCCCUAAGUGCUAGUCUGGGAUCAGGUUACUGUACCUCAAUGUUACAUUAUAGCUUAUUAGGGUUUAACUUGAAAAGCUGACCCAAGAACAGUGUUCUGAGGCAAUACCUACCUCAAAACAAAAAGUGAUGGCAUUAACAAUGGAGCUGCUGUUCUCGCUGGUUUAGAUGAACUGAAACUUAAAUGGAAAUCCCCAUUUGUUUUUGUGCGUGUGAUUACUGAUUUCUACGCUCGUGUAAUUGUUUCCCAAUCCUGCGAAGACACAUUCUGAAUGUGGAAAGUGUGCUUACUGAUAUUUUAAUGUUACUCAAAAGAGACUUGAAUAGAUUUUUUAUCAAUUUGUUGUUACUUAGGUAUUAUAGCAUCAUAUUUUAAGCAUUUUAGAACUGCUCAGUUCAUUUAAUCAUAAUUAUGAAUAAAUCGCAACUAUUCUUAAA